AUGAUGAUCCUGCCAUCCAGCACGCCCUGCAGCUCUGACCACGAUUCUCUUAAUUUUUCCGCUACUACUCAAGGCGACCUCGCCCGCCUCCACAAGGCAUGCGACCCAGCCCCGUUCGGACGCAGUAAUGAGACAGUGCUGGAUGAGAUAUAUCGCAGGGCACAGAAACUCGAUCUUUCAGUCGAGUCAUAUAAGCUUAAUGUCUACGGCGAAGGCGCUCUCUUCAAGGCACACAAGGAUACUCCGCGUGCUCCGAACAUGUUCGGCUCACUUGUCCUCGUGUUCCCUACCCCACACAUGGACACAAAAAAAGACUUCGAAUCCUAUACCUUUGACACGGGCACUAUUCUUGCGAACAGCCCCCCCACCUCUCCCUCGAUUGCCUAUGUCACAUUCUACAGCGGCGUCGAACAUGAGGUUUUGCUUGUGAUUUCUCGCGCGCGCAUCACGCUCACGUAUAACCUUUACUUUGAACAAGCUCCUAGAUUUUUCGGCGUGCCGGAUGCCAAGCAUACAAUACUGAGGGACUCAUUGAAGCGAUUGAUGGAGGAUGAGACGUUCCUGCCAGAUGGCGGCUGCCUAGGGUUUGGGCUGAGGCACCAAUACCAGCUGGGGCAUGAUGGUUCUGUCCAAUCCCUUGCUGGGAACUUCGAGGGAAGUGACGCAGCGAUUUACUCGGCGUGCACAGAACUCGGGCUGAACGUGAUGCUGCAAGUGUUGCACAAGGAAGAAAACGGAGAGCGGCUCUUUCUGAGUAGGGAGGGACCAUCUUUUGAUCUCGAGGUGGAGGAUAUCGAUGAUGCGAUGGCGGAGUCUAUGGACGUAGUUCAAGAGGAGUAUGGGGAAGGGAUGGUAUGGGUUACCGAUGCAGGCCAGAACUUGAAUGUGGUCGCGUAUGGGAAUGAGGCGUCGUUGGCGUACAUCUAUGGUGACGUCUGUUUGCUUGUUGAGUGGGAAAAAAGGAACUAA